AUGAAUGCCGAAGAAAUUCGCCGCGCCUUGCUCAGGAUCGCUCACGAGAUUUUAGAGCACAAUCAUAAACAUAUCGACGAUCUCGUACUCGUCGGCGUUAAAAGUCGAGGUGAUAUCCUUGCGCAUCGCAUUGCCGAAAACCUUGAGCGGAUCGAAAACAUUGAAGUCGAUGUGGGCGCGAUUGAUGUCACCCUCUACCGUGAUGAUAUCAAUCUCCACGAGACGCAAAUCCAAGUCAACAGCACUGAACUUCCGUUUGACAUUACCGGGAAAUGGGUCAUUUUAGUAGAUGAGGUGCUCUACACUGGGCGUACCGUCCGGGCUGCAAUGGACGCUCUCAUGGAUUUUGGUCGCCCAGCUGCAAUCCAAUUGGCUACUCUGAUUGAUAGGGGACACCGCGAAUUGCCAAUCGCCUCCGAUUAUGUCGGUAAAAAUGUACCCACUUCCCGAAAAGAGUUCGUCAGAGUGCAGCUCGCCGAAGAGAGCGGAGUAGAUUCGGCGGUGAUUUAUGAAAGGGACGAGGAAUGA